AUGCCGAUAGCUACUCAAGCCCUCAAAGUUCGGCGGGUGAAGCAGUAUCAUUCCGGCUUCAUCUUAAAUCCCAGCUGCGUGGCACCGAAGACCACCCUCCAGAAGGCGCGAAGCAUCCAGGAGGAGCUUGGCUGCAGCAGUUUGCCCGUCACAGAGAACGGCAGAAUGGGUGGACGCUUGGUUGGCCUGGUUACCAAGAGAGACCUGGAAGGGCAGCACGGGAAUCUGCUGGUCGCUUCUGUGAUGAACCGCGAUGUGGUCUUCGCACAAGAGCCAGUCACGCUCAAGGACGCUUGCGUGCACAUGCAGCAAGCAAAGGUGUCUAAGCUGCCCGUGCUGAACAAGGAUAUGGAGCUAGUGGCAUUGCUUUGUCGCGGCGACAUGAAAAUUGCUCAGCAGCAUCCUAUGGCAUCACGGGAUGCAAACAGGCAACUCAUGGUUGCAGCUGCGGUGUCUGCACAUGAACCAGAUGGCUGGGACCGGGUCAAGGCCAUGGUGGAGGCUGGCGCUGAUGUCUUGAGCCUGGACGUGGGCGAUGGCGUUGACCAAUACGUCGUUGCAUUUCUGAAGCAGAUGAAGGACAUGUUUGCCGGUAUCGACGUCAUCGUCGGCCCGGUGAACUGCCUCAGCCAGGCGACGGUGCUCUGUGAGCAUGGUGCCGAUGCCGUGCGGGUUGGAGACGCCAAGGGUGCGGAAGCCACGACAAUCUUCGAGCUUUCCAGGGCCCUUCGCUCCACCUUCGGGAUUCCGGUCAUAGCUGAUGUCGAGGUGAAGGACUUUGGGCAGAUUCUCAAGGCCCUGCUGCUGGGCGCGAGCGCGGUGUGCCUCGAUGCGAUGCUCGAGCGAUGCGAGGAGGCAUGCGGCUUACAUAUCUUUCGUGAAGGCGCGCGUGUGCGAGUCGAGGCCCAGAAAGGAAAUGGCCCUGUGCAAAACGGCGUGCCGACGACUCUAGUAGACCGCGGCUCGGCACUGACCUUCCUGCCCUUCCUCUGCAACCAGCUGCGGCGCAGUCUUCAGGACCUUGACAUCGAUUCGCUGAGCGAUGCCUCAAAGGCGCUCGAGCAGGGCAAGCUUCGCCUGGAAGCGCAGACGCAAAGCUUUCAUCCCUCGUGGCAGGCGCCGAAGAUGCACCCCAUCAUUGUGGGCUCGCUUCACUCCAUCCGCUGA